GCUUCUCUCUCCUCUCUAAUCGCAAAACCCUCUCAGGCGAGAAAAAAGACACCAUUUUUCUCAUCUCCUCCACCAAAGUCGUAACCUUCUCCAUCCCCAAUCUCCUCCAAAAUGACCCAUCUCCUCCCCAGACACAAAAAGCUCCUCUCUUUCCUCACACGACACCACCCAAUCCUCAAAACCCUACUCCAAAACCCACCUCCUAUCUCCCACUACGCAACCCAAUCCUCCAAGUUCCCGGAGUACGAAAUGCCCACCGUCACCUGGGGAGUCAUCCAAGGCAAAAAGGAGAAGCUCGUCAACCGCGUCAAAGUCUGCGACCACCUCAAAACCCUCGGCGUCAUCACCGACGAGCUCGAAACCAUCGAGCUCCCUUCCACCCUCGAAGUCAUCUCCGAGCGCCUCGAGUUCCUCCACAAGCUCGGGCUCACCAUAGACGACGUGAACGAGUAUCCCUUAAUGCUGGGAUGCAGCGUGCGGAAGAAUCUCAUCCCUGUCCUCGCUUACUUGGAGAAGAUCGGAAUCUCGAGAUCGAAGCUAGGAGAGUUCGUUAAGAACUACCCUCAGGUGCUUCACGCUAGUGUCGUCGUCGAGCUUGCUCCUGUCGUUAAGUUUCUUAGAGGGCUUGACGUUGAGAAACAGGACUUGGGUUAUGUUUUAAUGAAGUACCCUGAGUUGUUAGGGUUUAAGUUAGAAGGGACUAUGAGUACUUCUGUUGCUUACUUGGUGAGUAUUGGUGUGAGUCCUAGAGACAUUGGUCCUAUGGUGACUCAGUAUCCUUAUCUACUAGGGAUGAGAGUUGGAACCAUGAUUAAGCCUCUUGUGGAUUAUUUAAUUUCAAUCGGUUUGCCGAAGAAGAUUGUUGCGAGGAUGCUUGAGAAGCGUGCUUAUGUGAUUGGGUAUAGUUUAGAGGAGACUGUUAAGCCUAAUGUGGAGUGUUUGAUUAGCUUCGGCGUUAGGAGAGAGAUGCUUCCUUUGGUUAUAGCGCAGUACCCUCAGAUUCUUGGUUUACCGGUUAAGGCCAAGAUGUCUACGCAGCAGUACUUUUUCAGCUUGAAGCUCAAGGUUGAUCCCGAAGGUUUCGCUCGCGUUGUUGAGAAGAUGCCGCAGGUUGUGAGUUUGAAACAGAAUGUGAUAAUGAAGCCUGUUGAGUUUUUGUUGGGGAGGGGGUUUAGGGUCGAGGACGUUGCGAGGAUGGUUGUGAGGUGUCCUCAGAUUCUUUGUUCGAGGGUUGAGCUUAUGAAGAAUGGUUAUUACUUUUAUAAGACGGAGAUGGGGAGGCCGAUGAAGGAGCUGGUGGAGUAUCCUGAGUAUUUUACUUAUGGUUUGGAGUCGAGGAUUAAGCCUAGGUACCAGAAGCUGCAGGGGAAAGGGAUUAGGAGUUCGUUGAACUGGUUUUUGAAUUGUAGUGACCAGAGGUUUGAGGAACGGUUGGAAGGGAACUUUAUUGAUGUGGAUAGUGAAGGUCCGGUGUUUGAAAUGGGUGGGAAGUUGGAUAUGCCUGGUGGGGUUGGUGGUGAGGUUGUGUCUGAUGAAGAUGAUGAUGAAAGUGAUGAUGAUGAAGUUCUAUACAGACGCACUCUCACUUUGUAGUGUUAUUGUUACUACUGCUCUUGUUUCACGGACUAGAGUUUUUGGAAACGCAUUGUCUUCUUUGUUCUCUCUGUUCAUUUGAUCGUUUAAGUUGUUCCUCAUGAGGUCUUUUGUGAAAGACUUUAAACCUAAUCACUUUUUAGUUACGUUUUGUAGAUUUUAUUACAUGAUUUGUGUUGUAUCCUGUGGAAAAUGAACAAGUAUGGAUGUAUUAUACAGUCCUUAUACCACGCCUUA